UAUUUAAAUGGUGGUUCUAGUUGCAUGAGGACCUAAACUGUGCACAAGAUGCUGCGUGUGGCCUUUUUGCUCUUAGGGGCUUCCAUCGCUUCCGCCCUUCUACACGACAUUGGCCCUUGCAAUGUUCCUGUUACAGCUGACAGCAAUUUCGACUUUGAAAUGUUUUCGCAAGAAAGCAAAGGUGUUUGGACAUUUGUGAAGGUUCCAGUAACGCAAACGAAUCAUAACCUUAUAGGGAUGUUUCAAACAUCAAAAUCCACUGGCAAACCUGGAGAGUAUCAUACUACUAUUUACGGUAAAAAUAAAGGCGAGCAAAAAUACAGCAACUUGGGAGAUGCGACGGUUGUUGAAUCCUCUUCAGGGCAUCUCAUUGCCACGUCUCGAGAUGGAAAGAAUAAAGUGUACAAAGCUUCAUUCCUGAAGUAUGUCCCAGGAAGAUACGCGUAUUUCACAGUUUGCAGUGAUGAAGGUGAUGACAGCAUCGUCCAUAGAUACGUGGUUGCACACAGCAGACUGGACCCUGACGAAGAAGCUGAGGUGAACCGUCUCGAAAAGAAGUAUAAAUUUAAGGGCGUAUUACGGGAUAUCUGAUUCAGUUAAAAUGAUCUGCAAUGCAUAAUUCUUGUGGUUCAAAGAAAGAAACAGACUGUUCUCUGCAUAUGGUUUGAUUUAUUAACUGAUAUAACUGGGCAAAACUAGAAAUAAAAAUGAACAUUACUUACCAUA